CCCCUUUGUCAGUCUUUAUGUAGGAAUUAGCGGGUACCAGCGGCAAAUACUGGGACUGUGCGGGAAACGAACAAAUACAAAUCCCCAACCCAGGAUUGAUUCCCUUUUUCUUUUCCAUUUGCCGCCACUUCCAGGCCCCACCCACUGCACCCAAGCUCUUCCUUCCCUCGCUACCCAGAAUGCAGUGUGGACUGUUCCCGCGAAUUCAGUUCAAAGGAGGGAAGGGGCGAGACUGCCGGCUGGGGUAUAGGGACGGCUCCUAGGUGAAGGGCGGGUGGUGCAGCCAAUGAGUGGUAGGCAGCGCGGAGGCAUAGCCAAUAGAACUGGCUGUUGAGCGGGAAGGGGCGGGGUGUAGCGCUGAGGGAGGUAGUGCGCGCCAUUGGGGACUGGCCAGACGGGAGCGCUCCGGGGCCCGGGAUUAUCGCUUGUAGUAUCCCGCAUGGCUCCCUUUCUGGUCCGGCCCGAGUGACUACCCCGUAUGGCCCCUCAGAAACACGGGGGCAGCUCCGGACCCUCCAGCAAAUCCAGCGCCACGGCCUCCCUCCUGCCCGUCCGGAAACCCAAGAUGGAGCAGAUCCAGGCGGACCAUGAGCUCUUCCUGCAGGCCUUUGAGAAACCAACACAGAUUUAUAGAUUUUUACGAACAAGGAAUCUCAUAGCUCCGAUUUUUUUGCACAGAACCCUCACCUACAUGUCGCACAGGAAUUCCAGAUCGAAUGCCAUAAGGAAAAGCUUCAAAGUUAACGACUUGUUGUUGAAAGUGGAAAAAAUGAAGGGAGAUCAAGAAUCCCACAGUGUAUCCGCUCAUUUACAGCUGACAUUUACUGGUUUCUUCCAUAAAAUUGAUAAGCCAUCUCAAAACUCAGAAAAUGAUCAAAGCUCCGUGACUUUGGAGGUUCUGCUUGUUAAAGUUUGCCACAAGAAACGAAAGGCCAGGUACAAUGAUUCAGUGGCAGUGCAAGCUUCCCCACGCAGUGCUGGUAAUGACCCCAAGCUGGAGGGCCAGCACUUUCUAGGGGAUGUAAGCUGUCCCAUACGCCAGGUUCCUACUGGAAAAAAGCAGGUGCCUCUCAAUCCAGAGCUGAACCCAGCAAAACCAUCCAAUUUUCCUUCACUCGCUGUAUCCAGCAAUGAAUUUGAGCCCAGCAACAGCCAUAUGGUCAAAUCCUACUCCUUGCUUUUCCGGGUGACUCGCCAGGGGCGAAGGGAUUUUAAUGGAUUAACCAAUGGAGAGACUAAUGAAAACAUAGAUGUCUCUGAGGAGCCUCCAGCUCGGAGAAAGCGCAAUUCAUCCAACAGAGAUGAAGGAGAUAAGACUUUUGUGGCACAGAUGACUGUAUUUGACAAAAACAGGCGCUUGCAGCUACUGGAUGGGGAAUAUGAAGUUGCAAUGCAGGAAAUGGAGGACUGUCCUGUAAACAAGAAAAGGGCCACGUGGGAAACCAUACUGGAUGGAAAGAGGCUGCCUCCAUUUGAAACAUUCUCUCAGGGACCAACCCUUCAAUUUACACUUCGGUGGACAAGUGACACCCCUGAUAAAUCUACUGCCCCAAUUGCCAAGCCUCUAGCCACCCGCAACUCUGAGUCUCUCCCUCAAGAACAUAAAUCUUCAUCUGUCAAACCUGCACAGACAAUUGCUGUAAAGGAAUCCUUAUCCUCUGAUCUGCAGGCCAGAAGGGAACGUGACUUUUCCAAUGAACCCCGGCAGAAGCUGAGGAUAUUUUAUCAGUUCCUGUACAAUAACAACACCCGGCAGCAGACUGAAGCCAGAGAUGACCUGCACUGCCCAUGGUGUACGUUAAACUGCCGCAAGCUCUAUAGUCUGCUCAAACACCUGAAACUCUGUCACAGCAGAUUCAUCUUCAACUAUGUGUAUCAUCCCAAAGGUGCUCGGAUUGAUGUUUCCAUCAAUGAAUGCUAUGAUGGCUCUUAUGCGGGAAAUCCACAGGACAUUCAUCGGCAGCCAGGCUUUGCCUUUAGCCGCAAUGGGCCAGUUAAAAGGACUCCAAUCACUCACAUCCUCGUCUGCAGACCAAAGCGGACAAAAGCAAGUAUGUCUGAAUUCCUAGAGUCUGAAGAUGGUGAGGUGGAACAGCAGCGAACAUACAGCAGUGGCCACAAUCGCUUGUAUUUCCAUAGUGACACGUGCCUUCCUCUUCGACCCCAGGAAAUGGAAGUAGACAGUGAAGAUGAGAAGGAUCCAGAGUGGCUUAGGGAGAAAACCAUAACUCAAAUUGAGGAAUUUUCUGAUGUCAAUGAAGGGGAAAAGGAGGUGAUGAAAAUGUGGAAUCUGCAUGUUAUGAAACAUGGGUUCAUUGCAGACAAUCAAAUGAAUCAUGGCUGCAUGCUUUUUGUAGAGAACUAUGGACCCCAAAUCAUUCAGAAAAACCUGUGUCGAAACUUUAUGCUUCACUUAGUGAGCAUGCACGAUUUCAAUCUAAUCAGCAUCGCAACUAUAGACAAAGCGGUGUCGAGAUUGCGGGAAAUCCAACCAAAACUGGAGAUGGAUGAAUGUGUGGUGCCCCCUAGCGAGGAGGAUCCUGAAGAGCCAAAUGGAACCACAAAUAGCUUCAUGGAAACGAAUGAAAAAGAUCAAGCGCUAGAGAAUGAUUGCGUCUCAGGGCAAAACAAAUACAGCAAAAAGCAGAAGCCCUGAAGGCAAAAGGUGCACUGAAUGGCUGGGGGUGGAUAAGUGAUCCAGCAAAGGGAAUAUCCAAAGGCAAUUGGCUCCCAGGGUUUGUGUGCAAAUGAACUAACUGCAAUUAGAAGAGCAAUACAGCCUACACCUUUGUAUCUUUAGUAUCUAGCGUCGUCUACACAGUUUAUCAACUUAAUUUAAAACUCCAAGACUGUUUUAAUAUGACCUGUUUGCAUCCGUGAUCAAUUUCUCCUCCUGCACCUAGGAGUGGCUUUUUUUAAAUAUAUAAAUAUAUAUAUAUUAAAAAAAAAAAGCCACUCCUAAUAUAUAUAUAUUUGACUACAGACUGUCCAUUUUUACUUUUAUGUUUCCCUGUGUUUUCUGCUUCCAGCCUGACUGCUCAUUUUGUAUUGCCUCUUUCGCCACAGCACAAUAUUAGUGAAAGACGUAGGCGACAGUAGCACUUGUACUGUGCAUCUUCAUAUCCAAACACGGCACCACUCUGUCAGUCUGUAACGUACCCCCCGGGGGGAGACUCCACCUCUGUUUCCCUUUAUGCUCUCUUCUAAGGUGCUCAGAGCCAACAUGGGCUGCAGUCCCUGCUGAAGAAUUUUAUCUCCUGCCCACAGCUAGCAGGGGAUGCUGGGAUUUGUAGUGCCAUUGUGUCUUAAAGGCCAUGCUUAUCUCUGGAUGCUACACAUUUACAUAUAAAUGUUUAAGAAAUUUGAAAGGUUCUCAUCAGUUUAUUAAAGGCAGGACCAGCCUCUUUUACACUCUUAACAAGGUGUUUUCUGACUGCCCUGCCCAUGUGCGCGAGGUGUCUUCCACAAACUGCCACUUGGAAUCUCCCUCUAACUUCCCAGAAUGUUCCUUUUGCAAUGGACAGUGCAGGGGUUUGGGUGUGACCUUGUUACUCCCAUUUUAUAGGAGUGUUGAAAGAGUUUGCUCUGGGGCCCCUUAGAUGACAAAUAUCAUCACUUAAAUGAUUUGUGAUAACUUCAGUAUGUGUCUGCAGUGUCCAACCUGCCACCCAGCACAGGACUGGGAUUUGCAGUUCACUAAUGGCUGGGGCCAUGUGGUUUGGCCGCCCUGUCUUCAAGCCUUUCUACACAGCCAGGUAGCCCCCAACCCCUUUUUGUUCUCAUGUGGCUGUGAGAUAAGUGUGCCCUUCACUGGAGAGUGGGCUCCCUUUCUUUUCAUCUGCCCUCUUACUGGCAAUUUGUGACCCUGCAUCUUAUUUAUGAAGAAACCAUGCUGCUCUUGCUCUUUUAAUGUUACCCACCCAUAAAAGGCAGGCGCCAAGCUUGUCCUUUUAAUUCUCUGUAACUGUGACAAUGAGUUUAUACAACUGUACAGAAAUAUUUCGAUGGUUUUAAAGAUGUACGUUAACAGUCAGGCUAUUUAACUAAUUGUGUGGGUGUUUUGAUUUGGCAUCAGUAUGAAUUCCCUACCACUGAUACUUGUGUAAGAAUAAGAAGGAAUAUUGGCAGCCUGGGGAGGUGGCUGAGGUUUGGUAGGCAGAUCUUUUCUUGUUCAUUUUCACUCAUAGUGGAGUCGAUAUUCCUGCAGGGGGUCCCUCCACUGUGUUCCCCCUUAAGUUUCUGGACAGCGAUUUGCCUUUUUUUUUUUUUCUUAUGUUUUUUCAGAUCUGGAGCAAGGUGCAUACUUUGUUAGCUUUGUCAGGUCGAUCCAGUUUUUGGGGCAGUCUGUGCAGCAAAUGAAUACAAAUGUAGUUUCAAUGCUGGAUUCCAUACUAAACCUGACUGCCAUUGUUUGCACAGCCCCUCCCUGCUCCCUCCAUGAAAUUUUGUCUAAUGAACUUGUCAUGUUGUCACUUUCUAAUAAAAGCUGAAAACA